CAGUAUGUGAAGGCAGCUGAAAUUAGUCAGGAUCUUUUCAGGUCUCUUUGCUAAUCAUGGAUUUUUCGGUCUACCUCCCAGCUCUGCUCUCCUUCUUCUCUCAGUGCACAGCUCAGUGGUGUUACCAGGGCCAGUACUCCUGUAACGACACAUGCAGAGAGCCGAUCCACUGGGCCGCCCAGUUCCCCAGCUGCGGGGGAUUACGCCAGUCGCCCAUUAACAUCGUCACCAGCAAAGUGCACGUCAACGGCGCCCUGCCGCCCUUCGCCUUCAUCGGCCACACCGACAGGAUCAACAUCACAGUGCAAAACAAAGGACACUCGGCUCACUUCGUGUUGCCGCAGUCGGUCCGACUGACCGGAGGAGCUCUGCCUGGUCAGUACAGAGCCGCCCAGUUCCACUUCCACUGGGGAGCGAACGGGAGGCCGGGGUCCGAGCACACCAUUGACGGGGAGAGGUACCCGAUGGAGCUGCACAUUGUCCACAUCAAGGAGCCGUAUGGCUCCCUGGUCGAGGCCGAGCACGACAUGGCGGGUAUUGCUCUGCUUGCCUUCCUGUUUGAGGAGACACCAGGCGACCAUCCUCACCUGGACCCGGUAAUAGCUGCUUUGGGCCGGGUUCAAAACAAAGGCAACAGCACAGUGAUCCCGAACUUUCAACUCAGUGACAUCAUCCCUUCAGCAAAGGACCUGCACAGCUACUACCGCUACGUGGGCUCCAUGACAACUCCGGGCUGUGAACAGGCGGUCGCCUGGACGCUGUUUCACAGGAAGCUGUCUGUCAGCAGUCGGCAGCUGGACGACAUCGUUAGGCAGUGUCGAUUCUGGACCGGUCAGCCCAUGACGGACAUCUUCAGACCCACGCAGCCUCUGGAUGGCCGGGUUGUGUACCAGUCCACGGCGAGCGGCGCCCUGACCGGCGUGCUGCGCCUCUGGCUCAGUGUCUUCUUAGCUUUGCUGCUGACAACGUGUCUGAUACACUGACCCAGAACGUCAAAAUACGCCAUGUAGAUGACAAAAAGCUACAUUAUGUAUAAAGGCCACUUUUACCGGAGUGAUAGCUAGUCAUUAAAAAAAUGCCACCUGCAUUUGCACGAGUUACAGCUAAGUUAUUGUGCAAAGUGUAAGUAAACCGUCCGCUUCUGGAUGACACUCAGUCCUUGUGUUUGGUCUUUAAUGUUACUUAUCUUUCUUAAUUCUUAAAUUCAAAAUAUUAAAUUGCCACACUCAAA